GUCGAGUUGAAGUAGUUAGUUUGUAAGAGGGUGUCGUACGCUUCACUGUUUUCCAGCUUGAGGAAAAGUAUAACUUGAUAUAGAGGGGGAGGCGAAUUCAUCAACUUUCUUCCCUCAGCCACUUCUAAAUAUGUUGGCGCGUGACUAGAAUUGAUUCAGUUUACAAUGUUUGCCGGAUAAUUCCUGGGUUGUAAAAUAUUUCAACUUGCUUCUCAAUAUCCAAUUCUUCAUCGACUAGUUGAUUAUACCCACACUAUAAUCAAAUAGAGCGAUAGUCACACCAGAUUCUCCAACUGAAGCUAUCUCAAGUAUGGGCGGAUCGGCUCCGGCCACGACUCACAGAAAUGGCAAAGUUGUCGGGUGGCAAGUACAGUGCCGUGUAUUCGUUAUCUAUGGAUUCGUACCCUGAAUUGACGGAUGGGUGCUUGACCCACGAGGACGAUCAUGAAGGAACUUCAGGCAAGGAAUCACCAGUGUCUCUUCCCCAACAAGUUGGGUGGUUAGAUGAUGGGGAGUUUGAUAGACCCCGACUAAAAGGACAUAAUGAUAGUCGUGUGAAAUGUAUGUGUUGUAUUAUAUGGAUAUUGUUUUUAUCUACAACUGGAUUGGCAACUUUGUUAGGUUUAGUUUAUACAGGUGUCGUGCACUUUACCUCAUAUCGUAAUGCAACAGCAAGUAGAAUCACAACAGCUCAUUCUAUUUAUCCUAAUGGUACAGAUAUUUACAGCUCAGAUAGAAAAUUACAGGUAUGUAAAACUCCAGAAUGUAUAGAAACAGCGGCCAGUAUAUUAGGUCGUAUGGUACCAAACGCUGAUCCCUGCCAGGAUUUUAAUCGUUUUGCGUGCGGUGGUUUCGCUACUAAAGCUUCAUUAUCCUGGCAUCGAACUCGUUUAAAAGAGAACCCUGAACAAAUACUGGAUUCGUAUGCUUCUUAUCUUAUAGAUGUGUUAUCGGAAUCCUACCUACCUACAGAUAAUCUCAUAACCAGUAACUUUAAAACUUUAUUUAGAUCAUGUCUUCUAGAUACGGAACUAGGAACAAGAAAGGCCUUUUUAGAUAUAGUUGAUGAUUUAGGUGGUGUUUUUCUCUCCUCAAUACAGAAAGAUACAGAUUUUGAUUUAACAACAUUACUAGCCAACGUUACCAGAUUAUAUGGUGCAUCACCUUUCUUUAAGAUUAUUAUCCAUGGAGGAGGGAAAUUUUCGGUGGUGAAUCGAUUUUCUGAUAGGCUGGUCAAUUUGCUGCGGGAUAGCUCCGACGAUAUCCCUAAUUUCCGGUUCCUGUUGCCUAGUGAAUAUUACUAUAGAACAGAAAAAGUUGAGACGUUACAAACACAGAAAAUUAAUCUGCUUCGACGUCUUGUUGCCGAAGUUCCCCAGUCAGCGUCUUCCUCCAUCGACAAAGUUUUAGAUGAAGUUUUCAGCUUUGAAGAUGAACUUCAUAUGAUCCUCUAUGACGAUGAAAGCGCUUAUCUCAAUGAAGACUUCUGGGACUGCUCACAAAGAAGAACUGAUAUAUUGUCGAAAAUGGAUUUACAAUUUAGCGGUUACCAACUUAAUUGGACAGUUUUCUUUAAUAAUGUGUUUCAAGGUGAACACAUGACAUUGUGUAAUGUACAGCUUAAUACCGCUGUUCAAACCUUAUUACAAAACACCCCUAAACACGUUUUAAAGAGAUACACUAUACUUCAUACUGUGUUUAAUACGGAUUUAUUAGUGUUAUUCCCGUCCAUACUUAAACAGCUUACCCCGAAACAAGAACAUAAUUUAUUGAUAGAAGGAUUUGAUCAUCAACUAGAAAGACAGUGUGUCGGCUAUGUCUUUAAGUUUAUUCCCGGAUCGUUGCAUUGUACAAUCAAUAACACGAAGAGAUAUGAAGGAGGGAGAAAGUUCUCUUCAGUUUUUGACACAAUACGAGCGACAUUAUCAGAUCAGAUCGUCAAACUGUUUGAUAUCGAUAUCAAAGACUCGCAACCCAUCAUCAACAGGUGCAGUGAAGACGUCGGCCAGAUCUGGAACCAAACAGUCAACCAAGACUCAUCGAUACCAAGUGGUUUCUUCACCGAUCAAUCAUUCACCAUCAAUAUUAUCAAUCUGAUUACACACCAAAAUAUCCAAUAUUUACACGGUCACAAGAAACCCAGCGUUAAUCCCCUCAAUGUGGCAUCCGUCGCCCAAUUCGUGGGAUGUUUGUAUGGUCGAGGUGUGAGCGGUCCUAUAUCGUAUCCCUUGUCCUUACCAAUUAAUGUACACUUUGGGUCUAUGGGAUCUUUUUUAGCUCGACAGAUGACCGAAAAAUUAGAUUUAGAUGUUGUGUUGAACCAUUAUGGUCAGGAUUUAUUAGAUCAUAGCGCUGUUUUAAAUCUAGCAUUAAAACUUCAGUGUUUAGCCAGUGUUUAUAGUAACUUCCAGUUAUUGACAGAGGGAACACAAACUUACAAGGUACGGGGAGAUCAUAUCAAGAAUGAAAGUUGGAAAGAUCAUCUGUCACUGAAAUUAACAUACGAGGCGUGGUUAAGAUAUAAUAAUGGAAAGCGUGAUGUGAUAACAAUACCAGGAUUACCAUAUAAUCAAAAUCAAUUGUUUUUUGUUUUGUUUGCCCAGACAAUGUGUGAAAAGGUCAAUAAAAGAGGUAUAUUAGAUCAUUAUAUACAGGAUUCUAGUAACCCUUUACCUCCGAGUAAAUACAGAAUAAAUGGUGCAGUUAUGAACUUUGCACCUUUUGCUCGAGCUUUCCAGUGCCCAGCUGACAGCCCUAUGAACCCACGACGUAAAUGUCCGACUGUGUAAAGACACUCCUUAACAGUUUUACAGACAUGAUUAACACUUAAUCGUCAUUAAGAAGAGCUCCAGGGGAACCGAGUCUCACUGAAUCCGGUCGCAUUACGCCAACUACAUCGUGAUUGUUACUGGCGAAAUUAUCAAGCGACAGGGCCAAAGUGGGACAAUAAAGUCUUAUAGUUCCGAAUGUCUUGAAAUUUUAAGUUUCACUUCCAGGCAGUCGAGCACCAACCAAUAAAAUAACAAACAUGCCCUCCAAAUGGAUAUAUGCCAAUAAGUCGAUUGCCAUUGUGCAAAAAACGAUGAGCAAGCACUCAGCCCUGCCUCGUGGAAAUGAACGAAUAAAGAGGCUCUUUCCAAAAAAAAUAUAUCACGGUUUCAAUAACAUCAUAAUGCAUAUUAAUUAAGAAGAACAUUUAUAAAAGUAUUGAAUAUGGUUGUUACAGAAAUACACAUCAAUAUGUGGUGAACUUCUUAGUUAUCUUAACAAUAAGGGAUUUGAGCGAUUCUGGAAUAGAACGUUUAUUAAGAUAAACCUCUUCUACGUACUAAAAGGUUAGCUUGUAUAUGCAUAUAUAUGAAGUAUAAAUACAUCAUAGAAUCGCUGGGGGAUAUCAAUACUGUGACAGCCAUAUCAGCUAGUCUAAAUAUAGCAUGCUAAUCUUUUUCGGAAUGCUACAAUGCUGUCGCGUGAAAUGUAGAUGGAAAGAAACCUUUAAAUCAAUUCCAAAUAAUUCCAAUAUUUCUGUAUGGAAAUUUCUGUUAUUCUAACAAUAUAUUUUAUGCUUUUUAAUAUUUGGUUGAUUGAGUACUCAUAUUUUAAUAUCGAUCAAUAAACGCAUUGGGAUUUGGAAUUUAUUUAAUGUUUUAGUCAAAGAGAAUACCAAGAAUUUAUCUAAGAAAGGUUUUUAAAGUGCGCUUUUGAAUAAGCUAUUAUGUAAUGCUUGUAUUUUGCAAAAGAAGUAAUAAAAUAGUUGAGAACCUUUCAGUAGCUAUAGAAACUAAUGAGUACAACCGGAUUACUACUAGCUUGUGUUUCUACGCCCUUUCAGCUCACAAUAUAAGAUGUUAUUGAAUUGCUCCUUUCAAUUGCUGGAUUAUAUAUAAAGGGUGCAAGAGUGGAAAAUCCCCGAGAAAUUUCAUUCCUUUGUUGGUAUACCGGAACUAUGUAUGUUUAUGUUGAUUACUUAAACUGUGCAAUAAAAAUACAGGUAAUACUAGAAGAUGUAGAUAAGAUUCUGUGUAUAUAGAGAAUUAAUAAUAAAUAUUAUUUUAAUCUAGAUCUAAAUAUAGACUAGACCUUUUUGUGAGCAACAGGGAACAAAGAUUCUUAUUUUGAAAUCAAUACAUUUAAUAAUUUGUAAAUGUAUAUGUACAGCUUCUAUCUGAAAAUAA